AUGUCUGUUGCUAUGCCACACUGGCAACACACAGUAACUUCUGUGGAAGGUCCCAUGCAAGCCUUGGAAUUCGUAGAAGAACAUGAUGUAGACCUGAUUUUCGCUGAAUAUUGCAUGCCAUGUAUGACUGGCUACGAUUUUCUUAGAGAAGUCAAGUGCAUGUGCUUGCAUGGGGGAGCUGAGGACUACAUCAUUAAGCCUCUAAGGAUUGCUCAUGUACCUUGUAUUUUAAGCCACAUUCAAUGA